AUGGGGAAGCCCAAGGCUAAACACGCUGGGAAGGGGGAAAGCAGAGGGGACAAGCCGGCUACUCGGAGAGUAUCCAGCACAGCCUCCCGUCCAUCCAGCGUAGGACGGAUGCGGCGGCUGAUACAAGACCAAGAGGGGCCCCCUGCGCAGACUCAGCAAGCCGCAGCAUUGCCCCAGGGCCGGGCCCGAGCGCAGCACCAGGGGCGCCCUGGACAAGCCCGAUCAGGGGGAGAUAAUGCAGCAUCUCCCUUGCGGCAGACACCGCCGCUGACUGCUCCGACGACAACAUCCCCCCAACCUCCACACCCUGCCGCGCCAGACACACAUGGAGUUGGUCCAGCACGUAGGAUAGCAACGUCAAACACGUCCCCACGUGCAUCACGCGCUGCUCGACGUGGAAAGGAGUCGCUGCCACAUGCGCGGCAACAUGAGGAUUCUGUGGAACGUGUGGGAAUAACUGCACAUCGGGAGGCGCCGGAGGAACAGGAGACGACGGGGGGCGAGGCGGCUGAGGCCGAGGCGGCAGGGGGAAGUGGCGCAAUGGGGUCUGAGACAGAGGUGGCCGCGACGGUUGAGGAUGCAGCUGCUGCGGGGCUGGAGGGGGUUGCUGCUGAGGCGACUGAGACGACGGCUGCUGCUGAGCCUGGCGGGCCUGACGCUGCCUCUGGCGGCGGCUCAGCCUCACCCUCUCCCAUCCCCCAGGCACGGCAACCGGGGGAGACGGGACCACCAGUGGCUCAGGAACCGACCGUGGCGGUGGAGCUGACGGCGUCACCGGAGCCUGUAACGGCGUCUGCACCGGCUGCGGUGGCGACUGCGGCGACAGGGGAACAGGGCGGAGCCCGGACCGAGGAGGACGCGCCGGUCGCCGGUGCGGACGCCGAAACCUCUGUAGCUGCCGAGGGCGCAAACACGCAGGGACACGACCUGGGGGGGAGCGGUAGACAGGGCCGCGGAGCUGUCGGGACUGCCGGCGCCGCCCGCGGGAAAAUGGCGCCUCGAGCCCGGCCAGCACCGAGGCGGCCCGGAGCAGGGCUGGGACUUGGUCCCCCGGGACCCCUCCUGGGCUGGCUUCUGCAAGGGCAGUUGCCACAAGGGCAAGAGCGUCAUUUGCCAUCUGCGGGAACAAGUGACGGGAGAGGGGAAGCAAGCGACGGGAUCAGGCCCACACCCACACCGACCAUUGUGACAGGGAACAGGAGGGCGGACCCUGCAAUGCAACAACCCCCGCGUCAAGAAUUGCGGAACUCGACGGGCGGAGAGGAGGGAACGACCACGGCUGCCGCCACGGCUCAACAGACUCCUCGGCGCGAAACCCGCAGUGCCACGAGGGCGCACUGCAUCACCUGGGGCCAGCCAAGGGCUGGCCAGGCAACGCCGAUGGUGACACCGUGGAUCCCGGCGGGAGCACCGCAACGGGCGGGCCGAGUCGAGCAGAACACCUGCCUUCGGGGGGGAGAAAUGGCCCGCAGAGCAAGGGGAGGAGUGCGAGGGGCCAGAAGGGGACUCAGCGGGAGAGGCCCAAUUGUCGGCGGAAGGGCCGCGCUCGUGAGAACAGGAACGUGGCGGGAACGCCACGAGCGACCGGAGCAAGCGGAGCAUACACCGAAUCAAAACGACGAAGCUGAUGAAAACACCGAUGAGGGGGGUGAUUAUGUAGCUGAGUCGGCGGAACCAUCGGAGGAAAUCUCGUUGGAGGAGGAGGAGGGAACACACAUGACAAGAACAACUGGGGAGCGAAGGAGAACCCAGAACAAUGGGGUAAACCCCCGGGGCGAUAACCCACAGGGUGCGGGAAUUGGGAACGAGGGAGCGCCAAGAGCAAGGGGGAACCCAAGUGUGGUGGGAGAAAAUGGGGACGCAACCAACGAGGGACAGAGCGACUCUGGGGUCAGAUCACCGUCUGACCUGGUAGAGGAUUCUGCCAUCUGGGAGCUGGCAGCCACGUGGGAUAAAUACCCACUCCAAAAAGGGGAUCAACCCUUCUUGGUCCGCAGAAUGCCGCCCAAGAUCCUGGAAAGUUACUCGCUCUGUCUCCUGGCGCCCCUCAUUCGACUCUCGAAGAAUCCUGACUGCCCAGGUGCAUGGGCGAUCUUGCUGUAUCUGCCGAGGCUGACGCUACGCCCGGCCUCCGAACCUGUUGAAGGCAGCCGGUGGACAGAAAUAGAGCUGCGCCUGCACCAGUUCCAACUCGGCAGCUGGCAGGCUCUGGAGCUGAGAACACUCGGCCUCCGCUGCAACAUCGCGAAAUCGUCGGCCUGGGGACAGUCGUUGGCGGAAGACGGCAGCACGCCACCUCCCAUCGGCCUGCAGCAGACCACCGACGGGAUCCGAGUCCUAGGCAGCCCAGUAGGCGUGCCCACCUUCUGCACCACCCAAGCACAAACACGGCUUGUUGAGGCGUCGGCCCCGCUGCCCCUGGUGGCGCAGCUCCACCCGCAGAGUGCAAUGCUCAUCCUCACGAGGAGCAUAUCCCGCCGAAUGUCCUACUUCCUGCGGACGACACCGGCGGAAGUCCUGGGGAGAGAUGAGUGGAGGAGCUGGAGUGAGAACCUGAUGGCAACGGCUCUAGCAGCAGCGAAGCUCCGAGUAUCCUCAGAUGAGCUGGAGAGGAGUUUGUUAUGGCGCCAGGGGAGUCUGCCGAUCAGGCUGGGAGGCCUGGGGAUUCUUGACCCAGUCUCCGAGGCACCUGCGGCCUACAUCGCCUCGGACGCAUCUGCCGCAGCUGGAAAAGGUGCAGUUGGUCGAGGACCAUUGCCAACAACGUCAGGCAUGUCCCCACGUGCCCAACGCGCUGGGCGACGCGGUGGGCCCUGCUCCGUGGCGGGGAGCCCGGCGGCGAAAUCCCCUCCGGAGACAGCGGGGGAGAGGGAUCAGGACCGACAGGCGGAGGAGGAGACGAUGGCAGAGUUGAUGGCGGGGGCGACUGCACACCUGGAGCCUCCUCCGCCCUCAGAUACCCCAUCACCUCCCACGGGAUUGGGAUGCGCCUCCCGCCAAGAAACAGCUGCGGGCAUCCCAACGGUGCCGGCGACAGAGCAACCGAUGAGGAGGGCUGAGGUGCAGGAGACGUCGAGGGGCGAGGCAGCGGCGGCGGCUGCGGUGGAAAGGGGAAACGUCGCAGCGGUGACUGCGUCGGUGGAGAUGGUGGGGGAAGCGGCUGCUGCCGCGGAGGUGCUAGAGGAGGUUGUGACGGCAUUGGGGCGGGCUGGCAGAACUGACGCCGUUUUUGGCGGCGGCUCAACUUCACGUUCUGCCAACCACCAGGGGGCACAACAGCAGACGCUGGAGCUGGGUCUGGCGGUGGAUCGGGAACCGUCCGAGGCGGCGACGUUGUCUGCGUCACCAGCGCUGGUACCGGCAGCGGUGUUGGCUGCGGCGAUGACUGCUGCAACCGCGGCAGGGAACCUGGCCAACGCCCCGAUCGAGGGGGAGGCAUCGGUGGCCGCUGUGAGCGCCGGAACAUCUGCUGCUGCCAAGGGCGCAGACACGCAGGAGCGCGACCAGGCGGCGAGCGGAAGACGGGGUCACGGGACCGGCGCCCCUGGACGCGCCGCUCACGGGAGGGGCGGGAGGAAGCUCCGUGCCCAGCCAACGCCGAGGCGGCCCGGAGCAGGGCUGGGGCCUGGCGCCCCGGGACCCCUCCGGGGCUGGAGUGAGCAAGAGCAGUCGCCACUAUCGCCAGAGCGUCGACCUCCAUCUGUGGGACUAGAAAGAGGGGAAGGCGACGAGGAAGCUGACGUCAAGCACAUGGCAGGAUACAACGCCUCGGAGGCAGCGACUACACAAGGCCCACAGCGGGAAACACGGAGCUCCACACGCUCACAAGGAAUUACAUGGGGCCGUCCGAGACUGGGACUGGCACACUCACCGUGGAUCCAGGCGGGAAGAGCACCACAGGCCGGACGAGGGGGGCGGAACGAUGAGAGCCGGACCGGGGAAGGAGCGCCGAGCCGUGGGGUCCGAGGAGGAGGACGCGGGGCAAGAGGGGGAAGAAGGGGCGGGGGCGCAAUCGUCGGCGGAAGGGAGGCGCUUGUGCGAUCAGAAACGUGGAGGGAACGCCACGAUCGCCCGGAGCAGGAGGCGCCACCGACGAAUCAGGAGGAGAGGGACAAUGGGAAUGGGGAGGACGGGGGGGAUUAUGUAGCCGAGACCCCCGAAACCUCAGAAGAGAUCUCGCUAGAGGAGGAGGGAGACACUACAGGAAGAGAGAGGGGACGGAGGGAGAUUGGGAGAAACCCCCAGGACAGAAACCCCGGUGCGAGAAACCCCCAGGAGAGAAACCCCCACGAAAGGGGAGAGAUCGGAGUAGUGACGAGUGGGAGCCAGAGAGAAACCGGGCAACCCAACGUACAGUCACCGGCCGAGCUGGCGGCAAGUAAGGCCAUCUGGCAGCAGGCAGCCACGUGGGAAGUUGCCCCACUUCAGCGGGGGGACCAACCUUUCUUGGUUCGGAGGAUGCCCCCCAAUAUUUUGGAAAGUUACACCCUCUGCGUGCUGGCACCACUCCUACGCCUGCAGAAAUUUCCCGACUGUCCAGGUGCAUGGGUGAUCCUGCAAUUCCUCCCGAGGCUGACCUUGCGGCCCCUUCCCGAACCAGUUCAAGGAAGUCGGUGGGUUGGGAUUGAGGGAAGGCUGCACCGGUUCCAGCAAGGCAGCUGGGCGGAACUUUUCGAGGAGGCUAGGGCCGUCCCCGAUACGGAGAACCCGUCACGCCACCAAGCGGAUGACGCUGGACUCUGUACUAGGGCGGAAGGACUUAUGAAGAAGGGUAACAUCUCGAAGGCAAUUGCGGCAUUACGCGCAACCCCACUCGCCGAGGCCACACCAGCGACAAUCGCCGCGCUGCAGGCGAAACACCCCGAUGCUGCAUCGCCCCCGGCAAUGUUCGUUUCUGGCUACACUCAUUCGGAGCUGCGGGUAACACCAUACGACCUUAGCGAAAUACUCAAGCGAUGCCCGAACGGAGUGGGAGUGAGGUACCUGCUUUGA